GCGCAAUUAUGUGUCGAGUGUUCAGUAUUUAAAGAAGUUGUGUUGAGAAAACAUUAAAACUUUACAAUUUUUUUUUAUUAAUACUAUAAUUUUUUGUCUUAUCAAAAAUAUAAAUUCUAUUAAUUUAUAUAAAGAUGUCCAAAUUAUCGGAUAGAAAUUCAGAAAAUGGGGUGGUAAAUCAACUUAGUUUUAUUUUGUGCUGCAUUACAAAAAUUAAAAACUUAGACCUUCAAAACGUUUUAAUGAAUAACGAUUCGAAACUAUCAUUAUAUGAAUUUGCAAAUACUUCAUGUGAUUUCGAUAUUCACAAAGAUAAAAAGCAUCGUGAUUUUUUUGAGAGAAUUUGUACAGAAGAAAAAAUUCAAGUUGAUAAAGAAUUUUUUGAAGUAUGCGGUUUAAAUGAAGCAAACAAACAUUAUAAUAAAAAAAAAGAUCUUUAUAAACUUUUAUAUAAGCAUAACAUGAGUGACAUUCCAAGCGAUUUUAAACAUGAUCCGAAAGAAGAUAUCAAUUUCAUUUCUUCAAUUGAAUUAGAAACAAUUUUUUUUCCGCGAUUACUAAAAGAACAUUUGUUUGCAAAAUAUUUAUUUUAUCAUGAUUUAUUUUCAAAAUAUUCUGACUAUGAAAGCAUGUUCGAAUUAAAACAAGAAUGUGAUAAUCUUCAAGAUACUGUAAAUCAGCACUCCGAUGACAUAGAAGAGUUACAAAAGAGAUUAUAUUCUCUUGGAGAAACUCUUUCACGGUCAUCACUAAAGAUUUUUGCGGAGGACAGAGAGCUAUGUUUAGGACUUUACAGAGUUGAGAAUAACAAUAACAAAAAGUAUUGGCGUCUUCAGUUAAGACAAAAGAGAAAUUUUAUGUCUCCACAAGAAAUACAAUCAGAAUUAGAACUGCAGAAAGUUACUUUGGUGAAAUCUGAUUGGAAUAUAUCACAUAUUCCAUACAAUAUAAAGCAACACCUGGUUGAUAAAUUAAAGUCAGAAGAGUGGAAAACAUGGUACAAUUCUUUAUAUAAGCCUGCUAUUACAAACGACACAGUUGAGAAUCUAGAAAAAAAAAUCGUCGAUGAAAUUGAAAAUUUGAUAUUGGAAAUUCGAAACUUAGGAAAUCUUACAGAGCCCUAUAAAUUUUCAUAAGUUUCAUGAACCUUUUAAGAGCUUCAUAUAUAUCUAUUAGGGUGUUUCAUAUUUAGGCGAUAUUUUUUUUUUUGUCCUACCUGAAAAACUAACAAUUUAUAGAACAAAAAAAAUACUCCCGCUUGAAAAAUAAUUCUAAGUCAAUUAGGGGAUUAGCACAUCGAAAAAUUCGAUUUCCCAUUUAAAUAACAUGGGAAAAAAAAUUUUUUUUAGUUUGGAAUUUUUUACCUCGGCAAUGGCUUUUUACACGAAUAAGCCCAGCAUAGAUUUUUGUCGGGAAUUGGACGCUCUACAAAAAAAAGUCUCUUAUCAUUUUUUGAUAAAUCCAUCUGUUCAAAAGUUAUUGGACCUCGAAGUCAAGUUGAAGUAAAUUUCGAGAUCUUUUUACUUUUCUGGCGAAACUAUCGGACUUAUCAUAAAAUGCCAUGGAAUCUUUUUUGUAGACAAUUUUAUUUUCUACAAAUUAUCUCUGAUAAUUUUUUUUUAAAUUCUGCAUUGUUUUCUAGUUAUUUCCAUUUUAACGCCAAGCUCUUAAAAUCGAUCAGAACACUAUUUUUCUAGGAGCUUAGUAUAAAAAUAGAAAUAACUAGAAAACAAUGCAGAAUUUAAAAAAAAUUAUCAAAGAUAAUUUGUAGAAAAUAAAAUUGUCUACAAAAAAGAUUCCAUGGCAUUUUAUGAUAAGUCCGAUAGUUUCGCCAGAAAAGUAAAAAGAUCUCGAAAUUUACUUCAACUUGACUUCGAGGUCCAAUAACUUUUGAACAGAUGGAUUUAUCAAAAAAUGAUAUGAGACUUUUUUUGUAGAGCCUCCAAUUCCCGACAAAAAUCUAUGCUGGGCUUAUUCGUAUAAAAAGCCAUUGCCGAGGUAAAAAAUUCCAAACUAAAAAAAAUUUUUUUUCCCAUGUUAUUUAAAUGGGAAAUCGAAUUUUUCGAUGUGCUAAUCCCCUAAUUGACUUAGAAUUUUUAUUCAAGCGGAAAUAUUUUUUGUGUACUAUAAAUUGUUAGUUUUUCAGGUAGGACAGAAAAAAAAAAUUACCGCCUAAAUAUGAAAGACCCUAAUAUCUAUGUUUAUUAAGGAGUAACUGAUUUUAUAUAAACAAAAUAUUACCUACAAUUUCUCUUAUAAUUUUAAUGAAAGUAUGAAGUAUAGAAAUCAAUACAAUAACAUUAAUCGUUUAAAAGUUAAAAAUAUUUUAUUUUAGCAUCAUUUGAUUUAAAACAAACUAUUUUACUACUUUAUUAAAAAAAACAUUUCGACUUUCCAUAUUUAUAUCAUUAAAAUAAAAAAAAUGUUGGAAAAUCCAAAAAUGCAUACCUCAAUCACUCAUGAUGAUUAUUAA